AUGACUAUGACAGCUACUUGCCGGCAUUCUGAUAUUGAAUAUCUUCAGAAUAACCUUCAAAUAAAUCCAGCUAAAUUUUCGAUUAUUCAUGGAAAUAUAUUAGCACAUCAGGAGCUACAAUUUGAAGUUCAUAAAAAAAAAGAUAAAGAAAUUGAGAUUAUUAAACAAUUAAUAGAUUUAAUAGAGGAAAUAAAAGAAGGUCGAAUAAUAAUUUAUUGUGCUCGAAAAAAAGAUUGUGACAAUCUUAUAAAAAAAAAAGAAACUCGCAUUAUGAUCAUGACUACUGCAUUUGAAAUGGGAAUGGAUAUUGAUGAUGUUAGACUUGUAAUUUACUAUUCUUAUCCGUUCAGUAUAACCAAUCUUGUACAAGGAUCUGAAAGAGCUAGACGGGAUAAUAAUCAUUCAAAAAGUAUUGUUCUUUAUUCUAAAAAUGAUUUACAAAAUAAUUACUCAAUUCUAAUUGAAAACAAAGAAAGCAUGAUUUCUGAAAAUUAUACACGUUCUUUAAAAGUAUAUAAUAUUGAACAAAAUUUAUUUGAGGUUAUUUUUUACUGUAUAGAUCUUUAUCGUUGUAGACAAAUAAUUCUGUGGCAAUACUUUGCCUGGCCGAAUGACAUGAUACCCACUUCUUGUAAUAUCUGUGACAAUUGUAGAAGGCGUAUACAUGACAAACUGAAAGAGAUCAAUGCAGUGCAAGAAGUACAAAAAUUAGUAGAAUUAGUAGAAGAACUAACAAAUCGUUUUGAUAGUGAAAUUAUUCUUUUGGACAUUGUUGAACUAUUUAGAUUUGCAGAUAAUUCACGGCUUCGAAAAAGAGGAUUUGAUACAAUUAUAGAGGAACGUGCAGAAGCAUUACGAAUAGGAAAACAAAGCAAAUCAAAAAUCCUAAAAAAUAAAAAUCUUGUUACCUUUGUAUUCUGGGAUUUAGUCUGUAGAGGGUUAGUAAAACAAAAAAUAGUGAUACAUCAAACUAUUGCAAACCAUCGAAUUUGUAGUGUGGUUGUUUGUGGAGUUGAAAAUGGUGCGAAAGAGCAUUUGCUACAAGAAAAUUGGACAUACUGGUGCAAAUAG